AUGAUUAGGUGAGUUCAAUUUAUCACUUUCUUCUCGACUCCAAAAAGUGUCGCAGAAGAAAAAGAAAACAAACAAACAAACAGAACUAGCUAAACUUUUCAAACUUUGUUUGCUCUGUAACACAUUUUGAAUUGCCUGAUCAAUUAAUUCUAUUUUUGAAUAUCGAUACAUACAAAUAGAAUAGAAUUCUGGCUUCAUUUUAGUCUCCUAUACCCGAGCUUUUGACCUUUUUCCACUUGGUCAUUUCCACUUAUGAGAGUGCAAAGAUAAGCAUGUGAACAUGUCAAGCCACUUCAGAGGGAGAGCGAGGGUUUUUCAAGUGUUCAUGUUUUUGUGCUCUCAGAACACUUUAGCGCUGCUAGCGUUUUUGCGAAAAAGCGAAGAACAUCAGGGUCUAGUGUUUAUCCUGAUGGCAUUUCUAUUUCUAUUUCAGGAGUCUUCUUGUGCUCACGCUCCUCGUCGGCUACUCGACCGCACAAUAUGUGCAGCAGCAGCAGCAGAGAUCCGCAGCAGCUCAGCAGCAGCCGAGUGUGCAGGCCGCCCAGCCAGAGGCCCUCGAUCAGAUUCCGGCGUGGUAUCAGAUGGCGAAGCCGGGCGCCUCGCGUGUUCAGCAGCUUCCACAGGCCUCUCCAUCGUACUACGAGCGCAUCGAGCCGACGUACGAGCAGCGGAGAGGAGAUCAGGCGACGUAUGAGAGACCCGGCAUUCAGACUAACCAGUAUGCCAAGUGAGCAUCGAAUUGGAGCAUUGGGAUCUCCUGAACGUCUCGGUUUUCAGUUAUCCAUCAUACCAGAACCGUCAACCCUACGAGAACCUGAACGCGUUGACAUCCGGAGCAUCGUUGAGCAACCUGCAGGCGAACCGUCGCUAUCCGUCCGGAGCAGCCUCGGCCGGCGGUCAAGAUGUGAGUAGGUCGCGGCACCUAGUGAUGCACGCUCACCACACACCACCGACACCAUCUCCGGCGUCCUACACUAGAACGCAACACCAUCAUCCGGGGCGCGUAGUGUGGUACACGUCGAAGCGCGUCAGCCCGUACAACGUGAUCCGCACCACUCUGCCCCCGUCACUCUCACCGUCCCAUGAGAUUCGUGGCGUCAAAAAGUUGAUAGCGAUGACGCCGUACGAGCAGACUAGGGAACAGUUCACAAGGUGGUACGACCAGAUGAAGGCGUUCUACUACAUUAAUCAAUUCGUAGACUGGGGCACAUUUAAGACAAUGUUUCUCAAUAGAUAUUAGCGGCGUUACAUAGAAUACACAGAUAGUUUGUUCAUAAUCAUAGAAUAACCAAAUUUCGUUCCGUAUGUCAUAUUGACAAAACCAACCAUCAACAGUAUUACAGUCUACUAUAUAUUCCGGUGUUUUAUUGGUUUCCGGUGAGCAUGAUGUAUUAUGGGUCAUUCUUUUUUCCCCCUACUCCCCCUCCCCCUCCCUCGACAAGUUCUAUCGGAUAAUUCGAUUGUAUAUCUGUAAUCAUCUGAUAAACUGUUUGAAUAUCAUUGUGUUUUGAGAAGUCUAAAUCCGAACAAAAACAGACAAGAACGAUCAACCGAUCAAAGCACAAUGAUAUUCUCUCUAUCGCACUUCUGCUUCUCUCGCUUCUUACCACCCCCCACCUCUUCCUCUUCUUACCCUUUUCCUACUCUUUUCCUUCUUUUUUAAUCCGCUUCUUUUUUCUGCAGAUGCCUUACGACUCGGCGCUCAAACGCUAUCAUAAACUUUUACUGAAACGCCGUCAAUGGACCACCAAGAUCGGACGCAUCUUGGCGUCCACGACUCCAAUGACUCCGUCCACUGCGGUGCCCACUUCUACCUCUACAACCACUACCACCACAACUACCGAGGCUCCGACCACCACCACCAAGAAAAUGCCAAAGUCGUUGAAGAGUAUCUACUCGACAAUCAUUCCGAAAACCACAACGACGACCGAAGAGCCGACUUCUAGCACGACCGCCGUUCCGAGUACAACCACCAGAAUGAACGGUAGAUUGGUGGGAAAGCCGAGAGGAACGUUCAAGCCGCACGGGACUAGGAAGGGGUGGAGAAUGUGGAAAAAGGUGACCCCAAAGUACGUGGCGAAAUUGAGCUCCACUACUACGGAGGUCCCCAUCACUUCUACUACAUCUCCCACGGAACCCAGUACCAUCUCAACUUCUACUAGCACCACCACCGAUCUCCCCCCGACCACCCCAGACCUUCGGUUGAUUGAAGAGGAGCAGGAAUUGACUACUUCUACCACUACCACUGAGCAAUCUAGUACUUCUAUCACUACCACUACCACUACCACCGAGGAACCGACCGCCACGAGCGCAACGACGAAAGGAUCGGAAGAGCAGCAAGGGGGGAAGAUUCCCUCCUCUUUAAGGUAUAUAUGCCGGCACAAGGCCGGCUCGAACGAGCACGAUCCGUUCAGCGAACGAAGAGCUUCGACGAUUGGCCCAUUCAGACCGAUCUCAGUCGGACACAAGUGGAAGCCGCUCCGGUUCAAGAAGCCGGAGCCGGUCGACGAGGUGGCCACCGUGCCCGCCACCACAAACCGGACAAUCUCGACGAGACCGAAGGGGCUCCGACUUCUCGAGUAUCUUUUGGUGGGCUUCUAAUCUUUUCUUUCCGCCUGCCCUCUCUCUCUCUCUCUCUUACUCUUCCUCUCUUUCUCUUUGGGUUACCACUCCUUUCUUUCUAAUUUUCAGAAGCAGACUGACACGUUUGCCAAGGGAUUACAAAAGGCUAUUGAUGGUGUAAGUGCAUCCGGCGUGCCGUCAUCGUCCUCUUUACUAACACAAGAAGUAAUCAUUAAUCUUUAUUUUAUUUUUUUUACAACAUACACCCCGUGUCAGAAUCAUUUGUAGACUACAGAAUUAGCUAGUGGACUGUGAAGAAUGUGAGAAUAAUUGAAUGAUUGUGACUGACUCUGAAUGUACCCUAAAUGUACCCGAAAACAUAAUGGAAUGCCACGUUGCCAAGUUCCGUUCUAAAACGAAAGAAAGAAACCGUCACUCGCACUUCACCGCUCACAAACCUUAUUUUCAGCCAAACACUGAACUGCUGGCCGCUAUCAAGGACGUUGUCGCCAAAUUCAAGGUACUAAAAGCCAACUGGAACUUUUUGAGUAGCUUUGAAACUAUUGCAGGCCAGCUUGGACGAGGCCGGCAUCGACCAGGACGUCCGAUUGAUGGGCAAUCAAUUGAAGAACACGUGGCAACAAUUGAGGACAGGUACGCCGCAACAAGGUUCCGUUUUUGCUCUGUUUCCUCCCGCCCAACCGACUGCACUCUUAACUCCCGCCUGAAAUUCAUCCUAAUUUAUUGCACUCUCAGGCCUUGAUCGUGGCAUGAAAGCGGUGCGUCAGAGUGCCGAGAGCUCAGUGACGCAGUUCAAUUACGGACCGCAGCCGCAGUCUGUGGUCCCGCAGCAGCCUGCUCAAAUACCGUACCACCAUCAGCACCACCAUCAUCCGACCGUUUCGAUGCACCGCUACACUGCCGGUUAAUAGCUUUCACUAACUUUGUUCGAUGCACACUUCAAACCCUCGCCCACCACCACAUUUCUAUAAAGAGACAAUAAAGAGUUCUAUACGUAUGAUCGUUGCAGGACCCAUGAACGAGCAGAUCGGACGGUUGUUCGAGAAGGCCGUUGCAGACGCGGCCGAUCAGAAGCAGCAGCAGGCGAUCCAACAAGUGCAGCAGCAGAUGGUCGCCUCGAGACCAUAA